AUUUGGGUUUGAAAUCAUAUUGGCCUCGAUUUAGCUCCAUACAAGUCCAGUCUCCGCAGACACGAGCCUCCCGCGCGUCACGGCGCGCCGCAGUUGUAGCGCAGAUGCGCGCGCAGCCUCUUGGAUGCGGUCGGGCGGUUACACCCUCGCUGGAAAGGUGGAUGAGCUGGUUGAGUGCGGCUCGUGCCUCCCGCCUGACCUGACGGGGGCUUGUUGUGGCUUCAGCCAUGACUUCAGUGUGGAAGCGCGUGCAGCGCGUGGGAAAGAAAGCCUCCAAGUUUGAGUUCACGGCCACUUUCCAGGAGCUGCUCUUAGAGUGCUCUCAUAAAUGGCAACCAGAUAAACUGAGGGUGGUGUGGACCAGGAGGAACAGACGUUACAGCACAAAGCUCCAUGGCUGGCAGCCAGGCAUAAAGAACCCCUACAGAGGGCUGGUGGUCUGGCAGCUUCCAGAGAGUCUGAGCAUCACCGUCACACUCUUCAAGGAGCCUACUGCAAAAGAAUUUGAGGACAAGGACUGGAGUUUCGUCAUUGAAAACGAGACGAGAGGCCAUAGAAAAGUGUUGGCAUCAGGCGAUGUGAACAUGAAGAAAUAUGCCAGUGACACUCCAGCUACAUUCGACGUCAUCCUGAAACUCAAGCCUCUGUCUGUGAAGGUGGUUGAAGCUACACUGAAGGUGACCCUGUCCUGCAUCUUCCUAAAGGAAGGCAAAGCCACGGAUGAAGACAUGCAGAGUCUCGCUAGUUUGCUCAGCAUAAAGCAGAGUGACAUUGGCAAUCUGGAUGACUUUAAUGACAGCGAUGAUGAAGGCAGUAAGGAGAAAAAGAGCGGCUUUGGAACUGGACAAGAAAUUCAUGUGAUGGAGUAUAGCAGACAGCUGAGCACUCUUAAUGAAGAGGACCCUCAACACACAGCUUUGGACCCCCCCAUCCCCAAGUCACAGCAGCUUGGAGUUUCAAACUGUGAACAGGUCAGAAGUGAAGAGCUCAAGUCGUCAUCAUCAGGGAGUUUGGAAAAAAGAGAAAACUCCCUUUCCCGACCCGUGCCUCUUCCUCGUGGACAGAGCCAACGCUCCGAGGCUUCACCAACGGGAACACAAUCAGAACCAACCAGAGACGCAACACAGUCGCAGAAAAAACAAAGAGAUAGUUCUGCUGCUUUGGUAACGUCCAGUCAGUCUCUGCUGAAGUGGUGUCAGGAGGUCACAAAGGAUCACAAGGGAGUAAAGAUCUCAAACUUCUCCACUUCCUGGAGAAAUGGUCUGGCAUUCUGUGCUAUCCUGGACCACUUUCAUCCAGAAAAAAUAAAUUACAAAAUGCUGGACCCAUAUGACAUCAAGCAAAACAACAAAAAGGCCUUCGACGGCUUUGCUGAACUUGGCAUUUCUCGCCUGCUGGACCCUUCAGACUUGGUCCUGCUGGAGGUGCCCGACCACCUGAUUGUUAUGACCUACCUCAACCAGAUCCACACCCAUUUUACAGGCCAGCAGCUCAGCGUGCUGCACAUAGAGAAGGACUGCAGUGAAACCAGAUAUGCUGUAGCAGACAGCAACGACACCCGGGCGAGCCAGGAGGAAACGUUUCAGUACUGCAUCCAGAGACUCCAGGAGGAGGCGCAAAGUUCUGAGGGAACCGGGACGGAAAACGCUCCCGAGAAGGCAGGCAGCAGGAGCAAGGACGUGGCUCCUCCUUCUGAAGCUGAACAAGUUCCAUCAACAAGUACAGCAGGAAGUACUCAGCACCCAGUGCCACGAGCGAGGACUCGCUUCUCAGCCAAGUCUAGCUUCAUCCGAGUUAAAGACGCGGAUCUCGUUAAGAAGCGCAGAUCUCAGCAAAGCUCAUCCUUUGAUGGAGAGCGUUCAGUGAGUUCUGCAGAAGAAAGCCGGAGGAACUCUGAAAGUGAUAAAUCGCUGAUGCAGCUAAAACAAGAAGGACAGGAGCCAGGACAGUAUGUGUCAAACCAGAUGAAAGCCCUGGAAGCAGAGCAGAACCGGCUGGACAGCAGAGCUGGAGUGGUGGAGACCAAACUCAGACAGUUGAUAGAAACAGGCAGUGACGCGGUGGAGGAGGAGAUGCUGAUUCAGGAAUGGUUCAGCCUAGUCAACAAGAAAAACGCUUUAAUCCGGAGGCAGGACCACCUCCAGCUCCUGCUCCAAGAACAGGACUUGGAAGAAAGACUGAAGCUGUUAAACAAAGAACUGAGAGACUUGAUGGCUAUUAAAGAGUGCCAGAAGUCUCAAGCACAUGCACAGAGAGAGCAGCUGCUGAUCCAGGAGCUGGUGUCUCUGGUCAACCAAAGAGACAAGCUGGUUCAUGACAUGGAUGCUAAAGAGAUGGGAGCACUAGAAGAGGAUGAACGCCUUAAUCGAAGCCUUGAGGAGCGGAAGAUCAAGUAUUCUCAACAACAGGAAGACAAGUGUGUCCUACAAUGACUGUUGCACCCAUUAUUGUCACCGUUUUACCACUAAAUGCUGUCCUGUUUCGUACAAAUUCUUGGUAAAUACAACAUUCAUUCAUUCA